GCUCAUCUCCACCCUGGGCCAGACACUGUUCUUCCCAAGGCAAAGGUCUCUGGGGUCCUUUAUAUAGCUGUUCCCUCCCUGGGAGGCACUCAUUUCUUAGUCUCUGCUGAUGUGGGCAGACCCUGCAGCCAGGGCCUCACACUCAGGGAGAUGCUGGUGACCUGGAUCCUGCCGAUGGUUUUCUGGCUCUGGGUGCCCAACACUGCCUCCUCCUCGGCCACUGCCACAUCCACAUCAUCAGGGACGACAACAACAGAUUACGCAAUAACUACUAGCACCACAGUCUCUGAAAAUUCCACCACAACUUCUGGUCCACUUAAAUCUUCAGUCUCUUCUGCAAGUCCCCUCACCACUGCACUGGGGAGUUCCACCACCACUUCUGGUCAGUCUAAAUCCACAGUGUCUUCUGAGGAUGCCAAAGCAGCAGUCCAACUGAGCUACACCACAACAUUUGAUCAAUCUGAAUCUACAGACUCUUCAGAGAGUGCCCAUAGCACAUCUGGUCAGCUUAAAUCCACAGUCUCUUCUAAAGGUCCACUCACCACAGUCCUUGAAAGUUCACCCAAUACUUCUGGUCAGUCUGAAUCCACAAUCUCUUCUCAGGGUUCCCCCACGAGAGUCACUGGAAGCUCCGCCACCACAUCAGUUCUGUCAGAAUCCACACAAUCAGAGAGUUCCCACACCACAUCUGGUCAGUCUGAAUUUACAGUCUCUUCUGAGAGUUCCUUCACUACAGUUCCAUGGAGUUCUAUCUCCACAUCUGGUCAGUCUGAACCCACAGUAUCUUCUGAGGCUUCUCCCACCGGAAUCCCUGGAAGCUCCACCACCACAUCAGUUCUAUCAGAAUCUACAGUGUCUUCUGAGGGUUCCCUAACCACAGUGCUAUGGAGCUCCACCACCACAUUUGAUCAGACUGGAUCCACAGUCUCUUCUGAGGCUUCUCCCACCACAUCUCCUGGGAGUUUUAUCACCACAUCUGAUCAAUCUGAACCCACAGUCUCUUCUGAGAGUACUCACAGCACAUCUGGUCAGUCUGAAUCCACAGUCUCUUCUGAGGGUUCCCCCACCACAGUCCCUGGGAGCUUUACCACCACAUCAGUUCUGUCAGAACCCACAGUGUCUCCUGAGAGUUCCCACACCACAACUGGUCAGUCUGAAUCCACAGACUCUUCUGAGGCAUCUCCCACCACAGUCCCUGUGACUUUUAUCACCACAUCUGGUCAGUCUGAAUCCACAGUCUCUUCUGAGGUGUCUCCCACUAGAGUCACUGGAAGCUCCACCACUACAUUAGUUCUGUCAGAAUCCACAGUAUAUUCUGAGAGUUCCCACAUGACAUCAGGUCAGUCUGAACACACAGUCUCUUCUGAGGCUUCCUCCGCUACAGUCCCUGGGAGUUUUACCUCCACCUCUGCUCAGUCUGAAUCCACAGUCUUUUCUGAGAGUUUCCCAACCACAGCCCUUGGGGGCGUCACCACCACAUCAGUUCUGUCAGAACCCACAGUGUCUCCUGAGAGUUCCCACACCUCAUCUGAUCAGUCUGAAUCCACAGUCUCUUCUGACACUUCUCCCACCACAGUCCCUGGGACUUUUAUCACCACAUCUGGUCAGUCUGAAUCCACAGUCUCUUCUGACUCUUCUCUUACCACAGUCACUGGAAACUCCACCAUCACAUCAGUUCUGUCAGAAUCCACAGUGUCUCCUGAGAGUUCCCACACCACAUCCGAUCAGUCUGAAUCCACAGUCUCUUCUGAGGGUUCCCAAACAACAGUACUACUGAGCUCCACCACCACAUUUGAUCACUCUGAGCCCACAUUCUCUUCUGAGAGUUCCCACACCACAUCUGGUCAGUCUGAAUCCACAGUCUCUACUGAGUGGUCCCCCACCGCAGGCCCUGGGACCUCCACGACCACAUCAGUUCUGUCAGAACCCACAGUGUCUCCUGAGAGUUCCCACACCACAUCUGGUCAGUCUGAAUCCACAGUCUCUUCUGACGCUUCUCCCACCACAGUCUCUGGAAGCUCUACCACUACUCUCUUCUGA